AUGACCUCUUUAGACCACAAUAAUAACUUGUGCCUUGUCCCCCUUCACUUCCCCUCUUCCACCUCUUGCCACUGCCCUGACCAUGUGCCUCUCAGGGAGCUUGGCAAGAAAUUUGAUGAAAUUCAAAACCUUAAAAUUACCUCAAAUAACAACCCUACUAACAUCCUUAAUAACCUCUGCACUGGCCUCGAAACCUUCCUCGGCUUCAACCCAGAAUCCAAAGGCUACGACGGCAGUGGCAUUGUGUACUCCGACUUGGAUAGGCUGUGUGACGGGGUGAUGGGAUUUUUGAGUGGUGUGCUUGGUGCGGUGAAAAACACUCAGACAUACAAUGUAGGUAGAAAAACAUUACAAAACCUGGUAAGUAAUGAAAUUAACAAACAUCUUUGCUCAGGUCACGAGGGCUUUAAAACGCUUUUCGACGAGUUGCCUCAGCGCACCGCGGCGUAUAACAGUGAAGUGGACCAGGGGAAUGAGAGGGUGAAGAGGCCGAUAAAAAAACUGAUAAACCACGUAAAUGACGAUACGAAAUGGAAAAAAAGUUUGAAACAAAUUUUAGAAGAUGAAAAGGUUAAUGACCCCGACACAAUUGAGAGGCUUUACCGUGAAGUCAAUGACAGGUUGGCCGAGUGUAAGACUUUUGCAAACACGUAUAAUGUAGCUUUUAAUUUAGAAGUAGACAGACAAAUGAGAGACGCAGUUAAUGAUCUUAAUGACAAAUUGAGAAACGAUGUAAAAAAUGCUUCGAAAGCAGUCAAACAUGAAACAAAGCGACUUGAACAGUUGGCGCAGAAAGAGUGGGAGGACUAUAAAUACAUGAAGAAAUCGGUGAGAGUAACAAUGGACACUUUAAAAUUAAAAGUGAAUGGUGAGAUAAAAUACCAGGUGGAUGAACUUGUUAAGCGUUUGAAAUUGAAGGUUCAGCAAAUUAAAACUAAGCUGGAAACAAUAAAAACAUCACUUGAAGAGUACAUCCUAAACUUGACUAAGUGGAAGGAAGCGGGUGCGGAGGCUGUAAAACUGGCGAAGAAGCAAUGCGGUGUGAUUGUUGAGAAGUUGAAUGGAGGAGAUACUGAGAAAGACGCUGGCACUAAAGGUGGCGUAAAAUAUGCAGCGGAGCAGCUGAGAGAGAAGGCGGAGGAGCUUAGGGGGAAGGCGUACGCGGCUAAGACGCAGGUUGAAGGUUUGGUGCUGGCGGCCAUAGGGGCUGUAAAGGACAUGGACAGGACUCUUAAGGAUGAGUUGGCGGCGGUGAAAAGUCAGAUUAAGAUUAAGCUGGAUCAAUAUAUCAAGAACAAGUUUAUCGAUCAGAUUAGGGAUGCGCUUGAGGGCAUGACGGAUAAGAUUGCUCGACGGAACGGUCAAAAUGCAAAACCCGAGGGCCAUUUAGAAAGAAUAGUUACUGGUGUAAGCGAAUAUGCGCGUUUGUUUGAACAGAAAUUCAAGGCGGCAAUAGUGGAAUUAAUUGGACGUUUGGUGGAGAGUGAGGGAAUAAGGACGUAUAUUUACUGGUAUGUCAGUGAUGUUGCCAAUAAGAGUACUUUGAGGGGGACGGAUGAGAACGAAAAACUUGACGCAGUGAAGAGAACCAUUCAGGAGUACAUGAAGCAUAAUAUUCAAUAUUAUGUCGAUACAGCUGCCCAGUCAGCCGGGCUUAGAGACGCCAUCGAAGACUUGAGUCAACUUGUAGGAAGUUUUAGAAUUUUUUCCAGGGAUAUCGAGAAGGAAAUUAGAGUUCAGCUUAAUGCUAAUACCGUUACAUCCACACUCGCAGGCAUGGUGACAACUAACGACUUACCAACAACCAGUAAUGGCUUUCUGAAUUCCGCCAUCGAAAUGAUCGUAUCAACAGUCAGCACCUUCAGUAAACAUAUGUGUCAAGAAGUCAAACUGUUGAUUGAGACGGCUAAUAUUGCUGACUUGCAAAGAGCAAUGGAUAAGGUUAAGGGGCUCGGGCAGAGCCUCAAGGGAGAACUUAAAACAAUUGGCUCGACGAACCUCUCCACCCAAUAUGAUACAAAACUCAUAGAAAUACUUAAUGGCCAACUGCCAGAAAAAAGCGGUACAGUCGACGUUGUUUCUUCGGCAAGUCUUGUAGCAUACCGUUCCCAUGUGAACACCGCAUUCGGUGAACCAACCGGUAAACUUCCUUCAGCGAUCAACAAUAUCCAGAAGCAAGGACUUGCAUCGCUCGCAGAGCUGGUUAAUGAACCUGGCAAUGAUGACACAAUAGGCACUCAGACUUUUAACAAAUUGCGCGCCACCGUCGACUCCAACCUCGAAAAAUUCACCACCGGCGUCAAGGACCUCGUCAAAAAGGAAAACACCGGCACCGACAAAGACAGUGUCCAUGCCUACCUGGAAGAUUUGGGAAAGAUGCUUGAGAGAGAAGAUAUUGUCCAGCUCUCGGCUGAUGGCUUAGCUCGUGAACAUACUGUCAAAGGCAUAGAGAAGAUUAUUGAGAAUUUCACCACUCUUAAGAGCAACCUGGAAACCGGUCCCAUUGCCUGGGCCAACAACUUCAUCGUAUUCUAUGCAGACGUAGAAAGACAAGAAACCAUCCGACUACUGGCACAAUAUGUUGACACCGAAGCCCAAAAGACUCAAACCACCCUCACCACUCUUGCGCGGAAACAAUACGUCACCUCCGUCAAGGCGCUCCUCACCGCGUUCGCGGAAAAGGUCAGCGAGGAGUUGGCGCCGUUGCCGGCGGAGAUUGAUGAGGAUCUGACGAUCGGGUUCAAGGGGUUGAUGAGGGUUAUGGGAGGGGUUAGUAGUGAUACUGGUAAGCCUAAAAGCGGUGCAGAAAGUUUGCUUGAAAAAAUUAAAAAAGUAGCCGAGCGUUUUUCCGUUGGUUCAAGAGGUGCGAUAACAACUAAAGAAAAUUUCGAAGAACUAUCCAAAGCAUUUCAAGCAUAUUUUGCUCCUGUUUAUCAGUACAUCAAUGAUCAAAUUAGUGCACAACUUAGAAGUAAUCCUCAAGCCUUGCCUCCACCUCCUGCUACGGACGACAACCUUACUCACCUCACCGACGUCAACUCCAAAUUCAACGAAUUACUCAACCACCUAAAAACUGAAGUUUCCUCACCCAGAACAUAUAUAUUUGACAAUACUUUCACCAAAAAGCAUGAUCUACUCUCCACCUCCCUCCACCAUCUCACCCCCUCCGCCUUCGCCAACCCCCGGCACCCGGAGCUGCUCGAUGCGGUUAGACAGGGGCUGGAGGGGUUUGUCGAGCAGAUGGAGCGGGUGUAUGUGAACGGGUAUGAGGGAGAUCCAUCUAUUCAUUUUGCUUGGGAUGGCACGUUUACAAGUAAAUUAAGCGAUCAUGGUAAGAAUUGCUGUAAAGUAUUUCUCACAGUGCUGGAGAUACUGAGUCACGACUUGGAAGAGUUGAUGACAAAGUCUUCAAAGCAGUGGAUGAGAAAACAAAUUAAUACUUAUCAAGAUGAUACUUUUGGCAGAUGGUUCGAGAGGCAAGGUUACAAGGUUAACACCGUUAAGGGCAAGCAGCAUGGUGAGUUGCAGGACAAGGAGACUAUGAUGGGCAGCAAAAUUUGCGAUGAGAUUCUAAGCCAACGCAUUAAGAAUUUUACUAAAGAUAGCUUGCAGACGCCGUGGAUUAAAGAACUUCUCGAUCUCAAAAAAGCUACUAAGGGAAAUACUCAUCCACCCACUGUCCUAGACAUUCUUCAAUACCUCUCCUACCACCUCCACCAUUACUAUGAAGUCUGUCAUUUGGGCACUUCAGGUUCUAAAAAACAACCAUCUUCGAUUUACGAAAUGCUCAUAUGGUUCGCAGGCCUGCCUAAUAAUUCGGUCCAUCGCGAAUUAACGUUUAACUAUUUCAGUACAUUAUUCGACGAGGCUGAUGAACAAGCGUCGGAUGAGAAUAAGAAAGCGGUUAUCGCUGUCGUUAAUGGAGAUGCGGAGGCAGGUGUACAAACUGAACCUUCAAUUUCCGUCGUCAGCGACGUGUCCUUGCCAGCAUAUCCGCACAACAUCACACCUGGUAGCCUCACUGCUGCGCUUACGGACGUAUGCGCACAAUCGCAUUCAGUUCUCACAGCAAUCCAAGGCCACGGUCAUGCUGGUGGCGUAUAUGCUGUAGACUUCAACACCAAUGAAUUUAAAUUCUCGUAUCCAAGUGAUCCUGCCAAAUGCUUCGACGUGCUUGUAGAUAUGUUGCAUAGACUCUACGACCAACUCUAUUUCUUAUUCAUCCAGUGCUCACGUACGUACAAGACAAACAGUUGGCGUGAGUGUUGGUAUGGCAGAUACGUAGGGGGCUCGGAUUGGCGGUGCAAUGAUAAACAAUGUCCUAACCAAAUGAAUGGCCAAACGUGUAACCAAAUUGCCAAUCAAAAGGCCGACCAAACAUGUGACCAACACCCUAAGUGCGGUCUUAAAUCACCGUUACAGUCAUUUUUGGAGGAUGGCCUACCGGGGUUCCUCCCUCACCAGUUUGGCAAACCAGGUUGUAAGUUGGAAUGCACAGUGGCUAAACACAGAGGAAUUCCAUGUAUGACACCUAUGGGUUUCUCAGAUAUCAGCAAUGUAGCGUCGCAUACUAAGCAAGGUGAACACAUUAAAGAAGUCCUCGAUGAGCUCUGUGGUAAUUCAGAAGCGCCGCUUACCAGAAUAUGUAGCCAGUUGCUUUGUCUUUUGCAACGCCCCCCUCAGACUCUCGGCGAUAUGUUUGCAUUCUACUACAAUUUCUUUGUCGAUUGGAAUCGCAAUAUCAAAGGUAGAGUAGAUGUUAAGACGCAUAAGAAAAGCGCAUUCAUCGAUGCCGUUACAGGGGCCAACUUCGGCGUACCCUAUCCCCAAUUGGACAUGCCAACGGUAUUCUUUACGAGAACGCAGAACGAUCUCCAUACCAAAGGAGACAUGUUGUGUCUCUUCAGCUGCGACAGUACGUCGUCGUCGACGGCAACAUGUGGCCGUUAUUUGAAGCCAUUCCGCCUCAACACGUGGACUGUGUUCUCCCAAGAGCACGCCGACAAAUACCUAUCUUGGAUUUUAUACAUUACCGAAACCUUAUACCAAUUGCUUGAGCAAUUAUACAAAGAAUGCUGCAGCAAUUGCGAUAAACCAGGCACGAGAUGCUCAGGUAAAGUCUGCUCUAAAACAUGUAAAGUUAAAUAUACCGACGAAGGUAAAAGCAGAAAAUCCGACAAGCCAUGCCACACUGUGCACUGCAAACCUAUUUCUCACUGCCCGUUCACACGUCCCACUUUGUGUAAGUAUGGCUUCGUCUUCAAAAGCCUAUCGAACAUGAGCGGAGAAAGCGGCGAAGAAACGAUACGUACUUGCAAAGAUCUAUGUAACGCAUUGCAGAAAGUUCUGAGCGAUAAAAUAGAUGACGAGGCUCCACUCGCCAAAUUAGUACACGACGUAAUCCCCAAAUUCAUAUGGAACAUCAGAAGCAAAUUCUUCUGGCUCAACGUCGCCCUCUGGCUCCUCUCCCUUCUCUACCUCCUCCACAUCAUGGUCAUCCGCCUCGACCUGCUCCACAUCAAAUCGCAUUUGCACUCACCCUCAAGUCAUAGGAUAGCCGCUCAAUCACUACUCGCUGCUGCACGUGUUGGCAGCCUUGGCAAGAUAUCGUACCUGCAACCAUAA